CGCGCCUCAUUCCAGUCGCGGUUCUUAUCGAGUUCUGUGCACGAAAAUGGAAUACCCAAUUCUUCCGGGAUCCGUAAUACCAAACGAUGAGCAUUAUUCUGGUCAAAGAAUACAGAGACCAAAUGCCAUAGAGCGCCAAGUACAUUAUGUAGAUAGAAUACCCGCGCAGAGGGUUGACAGAUAUAAUGCAACACAAGAUGAUUCAGUUUAUGUGAGGUCAAUGCAACCGCCGAUAAUAGUACAACACGCGCCUGCUUACGCGAACCCAACAGUGCUGCCAUCAACAUAUGCUCGACGAGAGAGAUGUUGCAGCACCCGCUUGACAAUUGUAUUGUCUGUACUCAUCAUCUGUGUUUUCAUAGGAACUGGGAUAGGUGUUGGUAUGUAUUUCAAAUAUGGAAGGGGUGACUCCAAACACUCAAACCUCAAAUCCGGUGAAGGAGGUUCAUCACAAACGAAAUGCAUUCUUACGGCCAAUGAUGUUAUCAACUUUUCAUUAAAAGACGACGAUGAUGAUGACAAGCAUGACGACGAUGAUGAUGACGACGAGUCCAAGGAUACAAGUAAGCAAAAAAACUUAGAAAUCGCCGGAAAACAUAAAUACGUCGGAGAUGAUGAUGAUGAUGGCGAUGAUAUUGAAGAUAAAAAUACAGACAAAGGAAACAAGCACGGUUCUUCAGAUAAAAAUAAAGGGUGCUGGAUCAAGGACAAAGAAACAAAGAAAAUUAAGUGGCAUUCAAACUCUCAGGACUUCAAGGAUUUACCUUACUGCGAUUGAACUUUUCUUUAUCUCGGAUUAAAUGUAGAACUUCUAUUUUGCCGAAUCUAAUAUGACGCUUAUGUGAGUGUUCUGCUUAGCUUUUAAUAAUCCAUUGUUAGACGGAUACUGUUAUGGAGUCGAAAAACUUUUAUUAGUCUUAACUAUAACUAGCAUUUUUUACACGGACCGGUUACUGCGCGGCGGUAAUAUAAAUACUACCUGAAAUCUAGCUCUUAUCCACUUUGUAGGUAUCCGUUUAACAAUUUGAGCUUUUCAAAUGCAAGUGAAGCCUUUUAAUUGCAAUGACCUUUUAUGUACGUAUAUGAAAUACUAAAAAUACUGCAAUUACUUAGUUUAUGAUAUGCUUCAGAACUCAUAAAAUGCAAUAAAUUUAUACAUC